GGCGGGCGGGCGCGCGCGCCGCCGACCGAGCCGCAGUUAAAAUGGUCCGAGCGGGGCCGGCGUCCUCCCCGCUGCCCUGCCUGACCCGGCUGCCUUAGCCGGGCGGGCUCGCUCCCUCCUCCCGCAGCCCGCGUCCCCACCGCUCGCGCCCAUCGUUCUCCCGGCGGCCUCCCCGGGUGGCGGGGAGGGCAAAGCAUGUAGCCCGCGUCGGGCACCCGGGCGGCCUCGCAGCUGACGCCCACCCACCCUCCCUCCCUGCCUCCCGCCCGCCCGCCCCCGCCGCCGUCGCGUGUGCCCGGUGCGCAGCGCGGGCGACCCUGCGGCGGGCCAAGAGGCCCGGGCCAGCCAGCGGCCUGCCCCGCCGCCUUCGCCUUCGGAGCCCGCCCCUCGGGCUUCCCUCCCUCCCUCGCUCCCGCCGCCCGCCCGCCCGCCCCGUCCCGCUCGCCCUCCUCGGGGCCCUUCUAUAUGGGCCACCUCCUCUCGAAGGAGCCGCGUAACCGCCCGAGCCAGAAGAGGCCUCGCUGCUGCAGCUGGUGCCGCCGCCGGCGCCCUCUCCUCACACUGCCCCGCCGCACUCCGGCCAAGGCGGCCCCGCAGCCCGCGGCGCCCCGGAGCCGGGACUGCUUCUUCCGCGGGCCCUGCAUGCUCUGCUUCAUCGUGCACAGCCCCGGCGCGCCCGCCCCCGCCGGCCUAGAGGAGGAGCCGCCGCUCUCGCCGCCGCCGCCACUGUCGCCGCGGGCCGGGGCCUACGCCGCCGCCACCGCCGCCGCCGCCUCCUCGCAGCACCUGGCGCGGCGCUACGCGGCCCUGGCCGCCGAGGACUGCGCCGCCGCCGCCGCCGUCGCCCGCCGCUUCCUGCUGUCCUCGGCCGCCGCCGCCUCGGCCUCGUCGCCCGCGUCCUGCUGCAAGGAGCUGGGGCUGGCGGCCGCCGCCGCCGCCGCCUGGGAGCCGCAGGGCCCGAGCCUCUUCCUGGCUAGCGUGGGGCCCGUGCGCCUCCUGGGACCGCCGGCCGCCGUGCAGCUCUUCCGGGGCCCGCAGCCGCCGCCGCCGCCGCCGCCUCCUCCGGCCGAGUCGCCCGCGGUCCUCGAGAUGGUUUGCAAGCGCAAGGGGGCCGGGGUCCCCGCCUGCACCCCCUGCAAGCAGCCCCGCUGCGGCGGCGGCGGGGGCGGGGGCGGCGGGGGCUGCGGCGGGGGCGGCGGCGGCGGCGGGGGAGGAGGAGGAGGAGGAGGGCCGGCGGGGGGAGGGGCCUCGCCGCCGCGGCCGCCCGAUGCCGGCUGCUGCCAGGCCCCGGAGCAGCCCCCGCCGCCGCCGCCGCUCCCGCCCGCCUCCGAGUGCGCCCCCAUCGAGGCCGCCGGGGACGCUGUCCCAGCCGGGGGCGCCGCCCCCUCGUCCCCCCAGCAGCAGCCGGAGAGCGGCGACGCGGACUGUCAGGAGCCCCCCGAGAACCCCUGCGACUGUCACAGGGAGCCGCCCCCCGAGAUCCCAGACAUCAACCAACUGCCGCCGUCCAUCCUGCUUAAGAUAUUUUCCAAUUUGUCCCUGGAUGAACGUUGCCUUUCUGCAUCCUUGGUCUGCAAGUACUGGCGUGACCUUUGUUUGGAUUUCCAGUUCUGGAAGCAGCUGGAUCUUAGCAGUCGGCAGCAGGUCACUGAUGAAUUAUUGGAAAAAAUUGCAUCCAGAAGUCAGAAUAUCAUUGAACUCAACAUUUCUGACUGCCGCAGUAUGUCUGACACCGGCGUGUGUGUUUUAGCAUUUAAGUGUCCUGGACUGCUUAGAUACACAGCCUACAGGUGUAAACAGCUCUCUGACACCUCCAUUACUGCGGUUGCCUCCCACUGUCCUUUACUGCAGAAAGUGCACGUGGGCAACCAGGACAAGCUUACUGACGAAGGACUCAAGCAGCUGGGCUCAAAAUGCAGAGAACUCAAAGACAUUCACUUUGGCCAGUGUUACAAGAUCUCAGAUGAAGGCAUGAUUGUCAUAGCUAAGGGCUGCCUGAAGUUACAAAGAAUAUACAUGCAGGAAAACAAAUUGGUGACAGACCAGUCAGUGAAGGCAUUUGCUGAGCACUGCCCUGAACUCCAGUAUGUUGGCUUCAUGGGUUGUUCAGUAACUUCCAAAGGAGUCAUUCAUCUUACCAAGCUGAGAAACCUUUCGAGCUUGGACCUGCGUCAUAUCACUGAGCUGGAUAAUGAAACCGUGAUGGAGAUCGUGAGGAGGUGCAAAAACCUUAGCUCCCUGAACCUCUGUCUGAACUGGAUCAUAAACGACAGGUGUGUGGAGGUCAUUGCAAAGGAGGGACAAAAUCUGAAAGAGCUGUACUUGGUGUCCUGCAAAAUCACCGAUCAUGCACUGAUUGCCAUUGGGCGAUACAGCGUGACCAUAGAGACGGUGGAUGUUGGAUGGUGUAAAGAAAUCACAGAUCAAGGAGCCACCCUGAUUGCACAGAGCAGCAAAUCCCUGAGAUACUUGGGGCUGAUGAGGUGUGAUAAAGUCAACGAAGUGACAGUCGAGCAGCUGGUGCAGCAGUACCCGCACAUCACCUUCAGCACUGUCCUGCAGGACUGCAAGAGGACCUUGGAGAGAGCCUACCAGAUGGGCUGGACCCCCAAUAUGUCUGCCGCCUCCUCCUAACGCUCUUGCCCAGGCCUGGGCCUCCUCAGGUCAUAGAGCAAGGCAGAGAAAUGGGAGGAGGGGGUGUGGCUGGGGAAGGGAAACUUCUGGAAAGGUUUUAACCACCUGUCCGUGUCUGUGCCCGUGUUAUAUCUGUGUCUUGUUUGCAUUCUGCAUAGCAUAAGUGCACUUGGUAUGUCCCCAGGUGAGCUGGCUGGCUUUCCUAAAAAUGGAAGAUUAUGAAAACCACAAAAACUGUUUUUCUAACUCAAAAGUUUAUUUCUCUAAAAAAGACUCUGUGAAGUCUCAAGCCAGAAAACUGGGUGUGUUAUUUUGAGCUUCCAAGUUCCGCCACAUCUCGGAGACGCUGGGUAAAAGGUUUUCUUUUGUGAUGGAAUACACUGUUCACUUCCGGUGAGGCCAGAACAGAAGUGAUAUCCCUCUAACUAGAAGCCUGGAGACUAGUACCUUCAAAACCCUGGAACAUACACCUGCAAUUCCACUCUCCCUUGUCCUCCUGCCUGUGCACACAUGCUAAGUGAACUUCUUGAUAAGUUAUUUCCUAGCAGAGGGACCUUCCUGGAGGCCGUGGAGGGAGCAUCCCAUCCCUGACGGUAAUGGCUGACUCACAGUGCCCACAGGUGGUCAUCUUGCUGUCCCAUGGGUAAUUUAGAAACUAGGGAGAAUAAAGCCUUUUGUAAAUUUGUAUAUGGAGGCAACAAUCUGAAGUUCCCUGGCCAGCUCACAAAAGUUAAUUAUUCAUUAUUCUGUAAAUGCAUUCUGUUGAGUAAUAAAUAUUUUAGUUGGUUUUACAUUAACACUGUGUUAGCUUUUACUUUGUGGGUAGUUACUGGUCAGGGUAUAUUUUAGUGACAUUUGGGGCUAAUCCUAGUGUUAUCCACAUUGAAGCCACGAGUGUGAAUUAAUGGUAUGCAGUUAUUUUAAAAAUUUUUACAGAUCAUUUCAUUAUUUUGAUAAUUAUGAAAAUAUAUUCUGAGGUGCAGUAGUCACGUUAAUAGAAGAUUAAUGAAUGGGAUGUAAGUAGACAAUCUUCCUAUUGAAUAUUUUCUUUUGCUUUGGGAUUUAGAACAGGAUUUUUGGAUAUGUGCAUGUUAUAAUUUUGAAUAGGUCUUACACUGCUGCAAAGGUCUACUGUUAGCAAAUGUGUGGAUUAAGGAGAGAUUUAGAAAAGCCAUUUACACAUGCCAGAAAUAAGUAUUUUAGUUUGAUUAAAUAUUACCAUCAUUUAGUUAUCUCAUUACUUAUCAGAAAAUGAGUGUCUGUUUUGAUUUCAGGCAUCUUUAUAGUUAAUUCAUUGUAGGGACUCGGGUUCCAAUAGCCUCUCCUGUGUCUAGAUCUAUAAUCAGGCUGUAGGGAGCCUUUUUAAGCUAAAGAGUGAUUAUCUUUCCUAGUAGGAGAAGCAAAACCUUGACUUUUGAACUUGCUAUUUAUUCUCCCCUUAUGUGGCCUUUGGUCUUUAACAAUUAUAAUGAGGUUUGACUUUAUUCCCUAUGACCUCCAGUGCAUCUGGAGUGACUGGAGCUGUAAGAAGCAGAAGCAGCCUUACAACGCCACCUGCGCAUGUCUGCUCCCUGCCUGUCUGUAGAAGAUGUGUGUCAACAUGCUUCUGAGGGGCUCUUUUUGUUCCGUUUUAAUUCCACCCAGUUCAAAAUAGAUGCACUGAACAAGUACCAGGAAUAUUUUUUUCACAACCAAACAGGUUGAAUGUUUAAAAUUUGUCAAAGAUCAAACAAUUUACCAUUAGAAAACUACAUUUCCUCUUAUACAUCAAACUGUAUCAUUUUAUAUUCAUUUCUCCACUACUUAAAAAAAUGGUAUUUCAUAAUAUUUUAACUGGUUUUUAACCCAAAACUAAUUUAUAAGACUGUAUGUAUAGGAAUAGUAGCUUGAGUGAAUAAACAAAAGUUUAAUUUUUAUAUAUGUCACACUAUAUUUUAAAUAGUUACAGAAAGACAAAAGAAGGGAAAAGUCAUCUUUGCUAUAAAUGGUACAAUUUCAGUUCAGAGUUGUAAUCAUCUUUGGAGUGGUACAGUUGUCAGUGGUUUCAGAGUGUGGAACUGAUUCUGUAAUGUUACCUGCACUCUAACACGCUUUAGCUUGGGGUUGGGGGGGCUGCACUUACUCUCCAAGAUGCUGACUAAUACAGAAAGCCUGACGCAACAGAACUCGGAACACUGCUUUGGUUCAUUUAUAGAAAUCUGUAGAAAUAUCAUAUCUAGCCUCAAAGUAUUAAUCUCAUAAAAAAGCAGCUAAGAAAAGCAUCACCUCAAGUGACGCUGUGGGGCUUGUUGAAUGUGCUCUCAUUAGAUGCUUUGAAAUGAGGCUUAAAAUACUUUUUCUGGGCAAUAUAGUUCUGUAGUUCCUUUUUUCCCCCUUAGACUGUCAUAAAUACAUGUGAACACAUUUAAUGCAGGGCUUUUUAUCCUCUCCAAAUGUCAACAGUAUUUUCAGAAUAAAACCUAUGAAAUCUAUUGCUGUAGUGGAAAAGUCUGGUCCUUUGUAUUUUAUUGUCCGUUUGAGUGGAUAAAGAAAAUUCACCCAGUUUGUAGUUUCUAUAUUUCUGUGAACCGUUUGACCUUGCAAUGGGUUGCAAUAAAAGAGAAACAAAA